UUGCCGCUGGGCUCUGGCUCUAGGAUGUUGGAGAACCGAGAGGAAGAGCUGACCACAGUGCGUGUUCAGGACCCCCGGGUGCAGAACGAAGGCUCCUGGAACUCUUAUGUGGAUUAUAAAAUCUUCCUCCACACCAACAGCAAGGCCUUUACUGCCAAGACCUCAUGCGUGCGGCGCCGGUACCGUGAAUUCGUGUGGCUGAGGCGGCAGCUCCAGAAGAAUGCUGGCUUGGUGCCUGUCCCAGAGCUGCCCGGGAAAUCCACCUUCUUCGUGGGCAGCACGGAUGAAUUCAUCGAGAAGCGGAGACAGGGACUGCAGCAGUUCCUGGAGAAGGUUGUGCAGAACGUCGUCCUCCUCUCCGACAGCCGGCUGCACCUCUUCCUGCAGAGCCAGCUCUCGGUCCCCGAGAUAGAGGCGUGCGUGCAAGGCCAGGGCUCGCAGACGGUGACAGAAGCCAUCCUGCACUACGCCAUGUCCAACUGCGGCUGGGUGCAGGAGGAAGAGAGCCGCCCCGCGCUGCUGCCGGGAGGGGACCUGCACGGCAGCUGUGCCGGCCUGGGAAGCCCGCAGGGUCCGAGCUGCCUAGAGACCUUCCCGCACUGGAGCGACUUCGGCAUGGACGACACCCACUCGGACAGUCCGGAUGAGCCAGCUGAGCCCUUGGGCGGACGGCGUGAGAUGCAGUAAUCGGCUCUAGUGACCUCACCUGCCUUCCCGGGACCUGCAGCCCUCGCUGGAAGAGGGACCGCUGCUGAGCCAGAGGGAUGUCCAGGCUGGUGGGACUGGGGCUGCACUGGGAACACGGCCUUGUCCUUGGCUCUGCGGUGUCUGGGGCUCACGUGCUCUCUCCCCACUGACUCUCGACUGUCCUUGAUGUCCCAGGCAGUGUGUUUGUAUCGCUCUUCUCUUUCGAGAAGAGAGCUAGUGGUUAGUGAAACCCGUGUUUGUUGUUCCCAUGGCCUUUGCUCUCUGACUGGAGCAGUAGCAGGGCUUAGUUAGGU